AUGCGAACUUGGCUGAUUCUUUCGCUUCUGUGCCUGUUGGCGUUGGGCGCGUAUUCGCCGCGCAAAAGCGUCGACAAGGAAAAAGCAUUGGCGAACAAGAAGAAGUCAGAGCAACCAUUAUCUGGGGAAAUGGAUGAGGGUGACAUUCCGGAAAGGAAACUGGAUGAAAUCGCAAUCGAUGCGGGUUUUGAUGAUAUGAAGUCGCGAAAGAAGCCGUCUGGAAAACCGGAUUGGUCGAAUUAUAAGGAUUGGACAGUGAUUCGGAUUGGAGAUACAAAACGUAUGAUUGAAUUGAAAGAUGAAUUAAAACGUGCACCACCUGAGGAUGUUGCAAGGCUUAGGAAACAAAUUCAGGAAGAGGAUGAGGCUAAUGACGAUGAUCAUCAAUAUCAGGCGUGCAGCAUGAGUGAUAAGGAAGAGGACCAGCUGUGUCAUUGCGAUGGGGAUGAAAUUGAUUGUAGCAAUGUAGUUUUGGAUGAUGAUGACCCGAGAUUGAGAACAGCCAAUUUGAAAAUCAUGAAGAAGAAAUUCAAACCGAUUAUUGCCAACUUCUCUAGCAACGCUGUUUCUCGUCUCCAGGAGAAGAAAGUGCUGCCCGGAUUCGAGAAAUACGUUUCAGUACUGGAUUUCACCGAAAACGAAAUUCGUUACAUUGAUGGUGAUACCUUUGUACCGUUUACGAAUCUAUCGAAAUUGAGCCUUCGCCGGAAUAAUCUUCGUGUCGCAAAACAGAAAUGGUUCACUCCAAUUGGUAAGACACUUCAUCGAUUGGAUCUCAGUUACAACGGAAUCCUUUCUUUCCCAAAAGGCGUAUUCUCGGACUUGAAAAAUCUGAAAAAAUUGAUUAUUGAUGGAAAUCCGAUUAGAGAAUGGAGCAAGGAAGUUUUUGAAGGGUUGGAGAACUUGGAAGAAUUAAGCAUGGACGACUGCAACAUCAAAGAGCUUCCUGGAGAUGUUUUUAGCAAUUUGCCAAAAUUGCGGGGCAUUUCACUGCGAUUGAAUCCAUUUGAGGAAAUCCCGAAAGCGAUUGUUAAAACUACUCAGCUUAAAGAGAUUGAUUUGAGCGAGACUAACCUUGUGGAAAUUCGUGAAAACUCAUUCGUUCAUCAUCCGAACCUUGAGGAGCUUUAUUUAGAGGAAAUGAAGUUUUUGUCGGUGGUUCGGGAUUGCGCGUUUUGUGGUCUCUCCAUGUUAAAGACGUUGUACCUCAACGAUAAUGCAAAGUUAUUCGAAAUUAACCCCAAUGCAUUUGGACUUGAAGGAGCGGAACCUGGAUACAAGGCGACAGCGCUGGAAGAAUUGCAAAUUCACAAUUGCAAUUUGACCAAUAUCAGUGAAGUGAUGGUCGAUUUUGAUCACCUCAAAAAGCUAACGGCCGGUGGAAACCCAUGGACUUGCGAUUGCUUCAACUCGUUCCUUUUUAAAAUCAACACCCAACAACUGGAAACGGACCCACUUCAUGUGACAUGCAUUCCUGUUGGUGAGACUGAAGCUGCUUCGCCAGUAUCGAUUCGAACCUACCUCAACAAGUGCAGUAAACCUGGAGUCACCUCACGUCUUUACACCGUCAUUAUCCUGUUUAUGGUUGUCAGCGCGGUUAUUGGAAUCGUCUAUAUUGGUGUGGUUAAAAGAGGCUUCCAUAAGAUUUAUCAAAGGCUUCAAACUCACACAGUACCGGAUGUGACCUAUUCAAACCUUACGGACAAUUUUGAGGAUGGAAUUAGUCUUGACACCGAUUUCAACCCAAGGCCUGCUGAAGUCUAA